CGUGGGGCCCGUCGGAGCUGUGCGAGGCUCCCAGCCCACCUCCAGGAAGUCCCGCCGGAGGAGGGGGUGGCGGGCACAGACCCGCGGAGGCGGGGCCCGGGAACCUCGGGGCCGCCGAGUCGGCGUCCGCUCGCGCUGCUCGCCCGAUGGCCGUCCCCGGUCCGGACCCCGAGUCGGAGCCGGAGUCGGUGUUCCCUCGGGAGCUCGGCCUCUUCGCCGACUCCUACCAGGAGAGAAGCCGCUUCUGCUUCUGCGGGCACGCGUUGAGCAUCACGCAGAACUUCGGGUCCAGCCUCGGGGUGGCUGCGCGCGUGUGGGACGCGGCUCUGAGCCUGUGCAACUAUUUCGAGAAACAAAAUGUUGAUUUCCGAGGCAAGAAGGUGAUCGAGCUGGGCGCAGGGACGGGCCUCGUGGGCAUCUUGGCAGCGCUGCAGGGGGGGGAUGUGACCAUCACUGACCUGCCCCUGGCUCUAGAACAGAUCCAGGGUAACGUCCAGGCUAACGUGCUGCCCGGAGUGCGGGCCCAGGUCCGUGCCUUGUCCUGGGGGGUGGAUCAGCACGUCUUCCCUGGAGACUAUGAUCUGGUGCUGGGGGCCGAUAUCGUAUACCUGGAGCCCACCUUCCCACUGCUGCUGGGGACCCUGCAGCACCUGUGUGGGCCCCAGGGCACCAUCUACCUGGCCGCCAAGAUGAGGCAGGAGCAUGGGACCGAGAACUUCUUUCAGCACCUCCUGCCCCAGUAUUUCCACCUGGAGCUGGCCCAGCGGGACGAGAACGCGAACGUCAACAUCUAUAGGGCCAGGCACAGGAAACCUAAAUCUGUGUGACGACGCCCCCUUCUGGCAUUCUCAACUCCGGGUUCCCCCUCUCCCAAGGAACUGAGUGUCACCAAAGCCAAACACACAAGGACCGAGAAGGAUGAACUCACCUGGCCUUUCUCUUCCCCCUCCCCUUUCUUUGUUGUCCUAGGCCUUUUGUGGGUCAGGGGCACCUGCUGGAGCCCUCCCAGCCCUGGUGUAAAGCAGCAGGCAGGCACCCAGCUGUUGUGCUCAGAGGAAGAGGCUGGAAGGAGAGGAGCCAGGGUGCUCGGGGGGAAGGGGGCAGUAGGGAAACACGAUGCUGCUGCUGCCUGCUGGCUUUUUUUUUUUUUUUUGCAAAGUCUAUGGGAUUUUUUUUUUAAGGGAAAAAAAUCAGUGAGCAUUAAGGAUCUCUCCACGCCUUUACUAGAGAGCUGAGAAGAAGCCCCAAUCACCCAUUUCUUGUUUCUUGAGACACAAUCUGGUAGAACCCUGUCCCUGGACUGGGUCUGGGCAGCUCCGUUGGAGCUGGAGAAUCGUGCUGCCCGGAAGGAUCUGCCCCAAGCCUUGGCUUCUUCUUGUCUUGGGUCUUCCUCUGGGUUUCCAGGCUGCAUCACUCCUCCCUCCCUAGCGUGCUGUGCCUCCCCACUCUUCCUCUUCCUGCUGCUCGUGCCUGGGGCACUCCGCUUUCCGCCUAGGUCACGCACA